UGGAAGAUGUCUUGCUCUGCUCUUUCUCUUACACUAGGCAUCCUAAGUAGUUUGGUCUUUCCAGAUGUUAGUUCUGUCAAACUUCCGCUUGCUGGCAACAUCAACACAAUCACAAGAAGAAUAUUUUUAAAGAGCAAUGAUCUUCCCCGGAGUCUGGAAAUGGAAGACGCCGUGCUGAGCAUGUCUGCAACUAGCAGCGGCAGAAUAAACUCACCUACCAUCCUUCGCCUACACCCACUGUUGGCAAAACCAGCACAUGCUCAUGGGAACCUGCCGCUCCGCUUUGGUCGUGACUCAAACAUGCAACGGAUGCCCAAGUCCUCCAUCAAUCUACCGCAGAGGUUUGGCCGCUCAGGAAACGCCAAGCCUACCUUUGGUCUGCAGUGUACAAGAUGCCGCCGUAGUGAGAGUCCACCUUCGGCAACACUUCCACAGAGAUUUGGCAGGAGAAACCUUUCAUUCAGGGAUCGAUUUAACGCAGGAGCUGUGUUUGAGAUGCCAUUAAUUAAAGACAGGACACCAGACCAUGAUUACAUGACUGAAACUGUGGAAAAAGAAGAUAAAGCUUUGAAGAGUAACAUACAUUGAUUUAAAAAUCUAUGAAGAAAAUCGAUUACAAACUGAUAAAUAUGCCUGAAGAAUUCUGUGAUUGUUUCAUCUGUUUUCUUAAAGUCUAUAUAUAUAUCUAUAUGCAUGCAUAUGUGUUUGUUCACUUUGUGAUGAAAAGUACAUUUAGAAAUGUCCUCUUGAGUGCUGACUCAAAAAGACAUCAAAUUUAAAUUUGAUUCAAAUCAAAUUGAAAUCAAAUUGAAAUUCUGUUCAAAAUUAAAUUCUAUUUG